AUGUGUAUUCCUGAUAUUUGUCCAUGUUCUGACUCAUUGGACAUAUGUCUAUGCUGUCUUCCACUUGAUUUACUCUGUUGCUGUUUACCUUGUUGUCGACCACGCGAACGAGUAGUUUAUGUACCUUCAGCUCAACCAAUGUAUGCACAACAACAGCCCAUGUAUGCACAACAACAACCUAUGUAUGCACCACAAGGAUACCCUUAUGUUGUAAGAGAACCGAUCCCACGUUAUUAA